UGUAGCAACUACAAACAUGUGCUUUGCUAUGUUAGUAUUUUCAGGAGAAAGGUCAAAGGAUCAGAGCCAGAUUAAAUGUCAGUUUUCAUCCAAACGAAUGUAGUCCUAACUAUAUUGGCCAAAUACAUUAGUGCAAUGAUUCCUGAAAGUAUAUUUCAGAUGUUUUUGAGCCUGAGUGUAAAUUUACCAACGUUCUCUUUUAACUUGUUUCAGGGCAUCCAGAAAUCAAAUGUAGAUAGCGCGUUUAAGCCAUUAGUGAAAUACAUACUUCUAUUUCCCACAUUUUUGGAACUAGAACUGGGAUACGCCCCAUCUACGCAAGAAAUGGACAUUUUGUUUAACUGUGGCGUGCCCACACAUUUUUGUUACCCGCAAUAUUAUUCCAUCGACCGUACGGAUGAAAAACAAAAUAUAAUGGAAACGAUAGAAUUUUACGAAAAGAAGUUGAAACGAGGCGUAAAGAGCACUUAUAUCGAUAUGUGUUGUGUCGAAACGAAAGACUUGGACUUGGCUUUCUUCGGAGAACUUCAGGGUGAAAUAGCAGACUUUAUCAAAAACAGUGAUAUGAAUAGUGAGGUUACAGAAGAUGAGGGUUCGGAAGAUAUUUCGAAAAUGUACAAGGAGCUGGAGGACUUGAAGAGAGAAACUGCAGAAAAAGUACAGCAAGAUCUGGCACUUGCUGAGGAUAUCAUGAGGGAGUUAGAUAUUAUAAAAUGUGAGGCAGAAGAGGAUGGCGCUGGACCGUUGGUUUGUGAAUCUGAGGAGAUUGAGGAAGAGAGUUCUGAAUCGACAGUGAAUAGUGCAGAAUUAACAGGCAGUCGUCCCGAGGACCAAGAAGUUUCCGAAAAAACGAAAUUCACGGAUUCGGGGGUAGUUAGUUUACCUGGCGUAGAAGAGAACAUACGAAAUGUUGAUGAAGUGCAUAGUAUUACUGGUAGUAAGAGCACAAAUCCGUUUUUAUCUGGUAUGCAUGAAGAAUCUGAAGAAGACAGUGGGCCGUCGGUGCUGAAUCCGAAUAACCCGUUCUUGUCGUACAUAGUAGGUUCUCGACCAUCAUCUAAUAAUAGUAGUGAGUCUACCUCUUAUGAAAGUUGCGUUGAGGAAGUUACGGUUGAACAAAAAUGGAUGGAUGAAAACAAAGAGGUCACUAUUGAACAGCGGUGGUUGAGCAGUGAUAACGAUGUUGUGCGAUUGGUGGAAUCUGUUUCAAUAACCAAUGCUACGGAUACUUCACAGGCGUCGACGGCAACACCGGAAAAAAGUUGUGGUUGUGCCAUCCAGACAAGCGAGAACGCAACUGGGCCUCUCAUUCCGCAUCAGGGUCCUCCCAUCCCUCCCAGUUUACCUUAUGGGAGUUACCAGCCACCCCAACAUUAUGGAGGUUAUCAACCUUGGUCGACUGCUUCAGAUUGUGCUCCAUUUGGGUACGGUCCCCGCUGUCCAGCACCAAGCUACGGUUAUCCUGACUAUAAUCCCAUGCAACCUUGGAUGAUGCAAAUGCUAUGGAGCAGGAUGCAGUUCAGAUCACAAGACAACCCGGGCAUGGGCCCAGCGUAUCACCAACAAGCUCCAUAUCAUCUGCAAGGAUCAUACCAGCAACAGUACCCGCCUAAAACCUCCCUCCGACCUCCUCCAGAGUUUUAUCCGCCCCUACCUCUCCCAAGUAGACCACCUUCCGUGGAUACCUCAACGCCGACAACUACACCGUGUCCACCACCUUCAGCGCCCUCAAAAGCGAUCGACUUUUACGAAGCUUACAAUCAAAGGUUAAUGCAACAGUUGCACGAUAAUUAAAAUGGGCCUGAGGAGCUGUGACAGGACAUUCUAUUCAGAUCCCUUUUAUUCCUCGUCAGAGCAAACACUAACGCGUUAUCGAUAAGAGAGUAGAAUAGGGUUUUCUUUUGGCGAAACUGGUGUUGCACUGUUAUGUUUAUGUUCUUUUGGUGCGUGCUUUGAAUUAGUUAAUGCAAAAUAUCGCACGAACUGGACGAGCUCGUUCUAGUGUAGUCAACUGGCAACAGUGUCUCAUUUCACAGCUUUGCGAGCAACCAUGCUUUGCAGCCAGCUUUCUCGUGUUUUUUCUCAUUGAGCGUGCACACCACGAAAAACUACGGCCAAUGCUGCUCGUGCUGUAAAAUGACCUCAAAUUUGACGCCUGGAGUACCAGUGGUGCUUUGACAGCGCUGCCAUGUUGUAGGUUUUUUCCUCAGUCGUGGGGAAUUUUUUGAGGAUAUCAUGUUCUGGGGGAGAUCACUCGUUUCGCGCAUAGAAAGCAUCCCCCCACUCUUUGAAGCAAAACUACCCCUUUCCAUAAUUAACUGUGAUUGGUGGAUUUUUUUUGGGGGAAAAUGUGUCUAACACAUUUGGCGACGCUGUGCUUUGACAGAUCCGCCAUAUGAACACUUUUCUCCUUUUGUAUAUUCUGCAUUUUUAAUCUCUUGUAUCGUCGAUAUCGAUAAAUAUCGAUAUUUUUAGUUGUCGAUAUAUCGAUAUUUAUCGGUUUUCCGAUAUAUCGUUGCAUCCCUAGUCCGGCCACUUGAACCUACCUGCAUGUAUCUGUUUUUUACACCUAAUUUUGAUGAAUGAUAAAUAAUACUAGAGCAUAUUACAGGAGCAUUGCCUCUGCCAGGUAAUCUAUUCUACAAUUAUUUAUCAUUAAGGUUUUAUCAAAAAACAGAAACAUGCAAAUUGAAGUGGGCUGACCUUAGACUCUUAGGAAAGUGUCUGUCAAAGCAUAGCAUUGCCGAAAGGGUUGGACAGAAUUUUUGAAUCUGUCAGAAUUGCUAAUUUUCAAAAAAAAUACCCAAAUCAAAGGUAAUUAAUGGAAAGGGGUAUGUUUGGUUCAAAGAGCGCAGGAGUGCUUUCCAUCUGCGAAACGUGUGAUUUAAACCAGAACAGUAUAUCCCCAAAAGAUUGUGGAAAUCCUCCAAAUUUGGGGAAGAUCCCCCAACAUGGCAACCCUGUCAAAGCACCACAGGUGCUCCAGGCGUCAUGUUUCACGGUCGUUUUUAUAGCACGGACAGUAUUGCCGUAGUUUCUCCUGGUAUAUCGGCUUCACGGACAAGAAAUUAAAGAACACUUUUCAUUGGGAGAUGACGGUACGAGACAGGAAAUGAUAACGUUCUAUGUCCUCUUCGGGACAAAUUUAGGAUAAACUGGGCAGAGAGUUUCAAACGAGGAAAGAGCACCAGCUUUAUCAGAAGAAAAGGUUAGAAGUAUUUGCAAGUUCAAGGAUCUAGUGUUCACGUGGGGAUAAAUCAGAUUUGAAUUGAGUUUAUGUACGUUGUAUCGUUGAAGCUUAGGUCAAAAGUGAUGGGGCAAUCAGACAGAUAGUUUAUUCAAACAAUAAAAUUAAAGUUAAUUUAUUUGACAUGUUUGGUUGCGCAUGAUAAAAUUUUUCUUUAAAUGAAGAAAGUCGUGUUCCUUACUGACAUGCUAAUAUUUAAGGAGGUGGUUCUUGGAACAAAAUCAUAUGAAUAUAUGUCCUAAAUGUCUUAACCUUCGAUAUACAGACUUUUUUCCGAAAACUUUACCGCCCUAUUUCUCAAAGGUCAAGACGUUUAGGACAUACGGUCAUGUGAAUUUUUUUCUUAAAAGGGGCCCACGACUCAUUUUUUUAAAUAUAAGCAUGCGAUUAAGGAACUACCUGUAUUUAAAAAAAUAUCGUGUUUUAAUAUUGACGAGUAGGUUAACGAAGGUUAAUUCUGAAAAAGAUUGUCACUUUAUAUAUUUGCCCUAAUGCUUUUGAUCAAGGCUGCAUCUAAAGUACUAAUCGCAGUUUGACGUUGUGAUGGAAUUAAUUAUGUGUCUUAAUGCAAUCUUCUGUAGCUCUGUUUUGCAUAGAAGCAAAAUUUGUAUUUUUAUACAUUAGAAAUGUGAGUUUCCAUGCUUGUUUAUAGUAUAAAAAUUGUUUUCUUUAUGGUUCGUUAAAAAAAGUUAAUUUGCGCCUAUUUUGUAUAUUAUUACUGAAAACUGCUAGUUAUUUAUUUUAGAUCUGUAUGUUCCGCAUCGGUACAUUAUUUUAAGCGUUGAUUUCUUUUGUAUGUGUAAAUACAGUUUUUUUUGUAUGAUGUAAGUUAGAG